UAAAUCAGAGAAAAUAUCAAAAUACAGACUCAUCAGACGUCUCUUUCCCUUCCCCUGCUCUUCUCCGGGAGAGGCCGAGAGAGUCUCACUUGUGGUUUCUGAAAAUCCAAGCUGUUUCUCUCACUAGGUUUCCCUCCCUCUCAAAUCCUCCCCCAAUUCAAAUUGCAAUCCAAUUUUGUCUCCCAAUUGCAAAAACAUAACUCCAAGAAUUUACCGGGAAAAAGAAGAAGAAAAGAGUGAAACUUUGGGUUAUAUCGAAUCUUGUUUUCGUUUUCAAAAACCCAACUCAAAAAUGGAGCAAAGUUUUCAACUUUUUGCAUUUCUGGUGAUUCUGGGUUUGACCAACUUGGGCGGAGCUGCCGCUGGCGGCGGUCGUUUUGGGGAACAGCCGCUUUCCAAGAUUGCCAUUGAGAAAGCCACCCUCAACCUCUCAUGCACUGCCUCCAUCAAUGCCUCUCCUUUGGUGCUCGGCUUGCAGGGUGAGGAUACCGAAUGGGUAACUGUGAAGCUUGAGAACCAUACUCCGACUGGAGAUGAUUGGGUUGGAGUCUUUUCUCCUGCAAGAUUCAAUGCAUCGAUGUGCCCGCCAGUGAAUGCACCAGAAGAACAAACUCCCUAUAUAUGCACUGCCCCUAUAAAGUACAAGUAUGCAACAGACUCCAAUGCAAAUUAUACAAAGACUGGCAAAGCUACUUUGAAGUUUCAGCUUAUCAAUCAGCGGGCAGAUUUCUCGUUCGCAUUAUUUACAGGCGGGUUAUUGAAUCCAAAACUGGUGGCAGUUUCAAACUUCAUAACUUUUUCCAAUCCCAAAGCACCUGUCUAUCCACGCCUUGCUCAAGGGAAAUCUUGGAACGAAAUGACAGUAACUUGGACAAGUGGCUACGACAUAAAUGAAGCUGUUCCAUUUGUUGAGUGGGGUAUAGAAGGGCAAACCCGAAUGCGAUCUGGAGCUGGGACAUUGACAUUUGAUCGGAGCAUGAUGUGUGGUGCACCUGCAAAGACAGUCGGAUGGCGUGAUCCUGGUUUCAUACAUACAAGUUUCCUGAAGGAUUUGUGGCCAAAUAUCGAGCAAUUCUACAGGAUGGGCCAUCGUUUAUCCAAUGGUACAAUCAUUUGGAGCAAGAAGUACACAUUCAGAUCAUCUCCAUAUCCUGGACAGGACUCCUUACAGCGUGUCAUAAUGUUUGGUGACAUGGGGAAGGGGGAGCGCGAUGGUUCAAAUGAAUACAGUAAUUACCAGCCUGGUGCCCUGAACACUACCGAUCAAAUUAUAAAAGAUUUGAAAAACAUUGAUAUCGUUUUUCAUAUUGGAGAUUUAUCGUAUGCCAACGGGUACAUCUCACAAUGGGACCAGUUCACAGCACAGGUGGAGCCCAUUGCAUCAACUGUGCCAUAUAUGGUUGGCAGUGGUAAUCAUGAACGUGAUUGGCCUGAUUCAGGGUCCUUUUACGACAAAGUGGAUUCUGGUGGAGAAUGUGGUGUGCUGGCUGAGACCAUGUUUUAUGUUCCAGCUGAGAACCGAGCAAAGUUUUGGUACAAAACCGACUAUGGCAUGUUUCGCUUCUGUAUAGCUGACACUGAACACGACUGGAGAGAAGGAUCAGAGCAGUACAAGUUCAUCGAGAAUUGCCUUGCAACUGUCGAUAGACAGAAACAGCCUUGGUUGAUCUUUGCCGCUCAUCGGGUGCUUGGCUAUUCCUCUGACUAUUGGUAUGGGCAGGAGGGCUCGUUUGAAGAGCCUAUGGGAAGGGAAAGCUUGCAGAGACUUUGGCAGAAGUACAAGGUUGACAUUGCCUUUUACGGCCAUGUCCAUAACUAUGAAAGAUCAUGCCCCGUCUACCAGAGCCAGUGCGUAACUUCAGAAAAAUCCCAUUAUUCCGGCGCUGUGAAAGGAACAAUCCAUGUUGUCGUUGGUGGCGCAGGGAGCCACUUGUCUGACUUCAGCCAAGUGACUCCUAACUGGAGUAUUUUCAGAGAUUAUGACUACGGCUUUGUCAAAAUGACGGCAUUCAAUCACACAUCUCUCCUGUUCGAGUACAAGAAAAGCAGCGACGGCAAGGUCUACGAUUCCUUCACCAUGUCAAGGGACUACACAGACGUAUUGGCUUGUGUGCACGACAGUUGCGAAGCGACGACCGCUGCGUCCUAGAUAAUUAGGACCCUUUCUUCCAAUUCUUUUCGGCUUUCAUGGGGGCAAUAAUGUAGCAUAUUAUCUUAUUUACUCAACUAUUUAUUGACAGUUAAAUUAUGUUACAUGGGGAAUGUAAUUUCCAAUUGGGGUAUUAAUAUUAUCAAGAUCAAUUUAGAUUAAGAAAUUUCACCA